CCAUGGGCAACAGCGGUGCCAGAGCUGUUGGGGUCACCAGUGCUCCCAGUUCAGGGGGCAGCAGGAGUACUGGUGUGGUUGUGGGUAGUAGCAGCGUGGCUGUGGCCACCAACAGCAGCGUGGCUGUGGCCACCAACACCAGUGUGGCUGUGGCCAACACCGGUAUGGCUGCGUCCAGCACCAGUAUGACUGUGGCCAAUACCAGUAUGGCUGCAUCCAGCACCAGUAUGGCAGUGGCCACCACCAGUACAAGUGUGGCUACCAGCAGUAUGGCACUGUCCAACACCAGUAUGACUGUGGCUACCACCAGUGCAGCUGUGGCCACCACCAGUGCAGCUGUGGCUACCACCAGUAUGACUCUGGCUACCACCAGUACACCUGUGGCCACCACCAGUAUGACUGUGGCCACCACCAGUGCAGCUGUGGCUACCACCAGUAUGACUCUGGCUACCACCAAUAUGACUGUGGCCACCACCAGUAUGGCAGCAUCCACCACCAGUACACCUGUGGCCACCACCAGUACACCUGUGGCCACCACCAGUACACUUGUGGCCACCACCAGUACACCUGUGGCCACCACCAGCGUGCCUGUGGCCACCAGCAGCCUGCCCACCGCUCCCAAACCCACUGUGGACACCACCCCCAAGGCCACCCCCGUGGCCACCGUCCCCACCCUUGUGGCCACCACCAAGAGCCCUGUGGCUACCAGCCCCAACCUCUUGGCCACUGUCCCCACCCUUGUGGCCACCACCAAGAGCCCUGUGGCCACCAGCCCCAACCUCCUGGCCACCGUCCCCACCCUUGUGGCCACCACCAAAGCUGCUGUGGCCACCUCGCCCCACGCCACGGCCACCACCAAGAGCGCCGCUGUGGCCACCGUCCUCGCCUCUGUGGCCACCACCAAGAGCACUGUGGGAGCCACCCCUGUGACCACCAUCCCAGCCUCUGUGGCCACCACCAAAGCCACAGCAGCAGCCACCACCGUGGCCACCACCAAGGCCCCCGUGGCCAGCGGCGUCACCAAGCCCUCGGUCACGGUCACCAGCCCCGUGGCUGCUGCCACCUCCUCAGCCAUCGCCACCAGCCCUGCUGCAGCCUCCAAGGUGGCCCUGCCCGUGGCCACCAACGUCCCCAAGGCUCCUGUGGCUCCCACCACAGCCCCCAGGGCUACCAGUGGCCCUGUGGCCACCAGCACCGUGGCCACCAGCGCUGCCAAGCCCUCUGGACCCGCUGUGGCCGCCUCUGCCACCGUGGCCACCAAGGCUGCUGCUGCCACCAGUGUCACCGUGGUGGCCACCUCCAGCGUGGCCACCAGCAUCACUGUGGCUCCCAAAGCCACCACCGUGGCCACCACCACUGUGGCCACCACCAGCCUCACCGUGGCCACCACCAAGGUGACAGACACCGCCGCCAGUGUCACCCCAGUGGCCACCACCACGAGCGCCCCAGUGGCCACCAGUCCCCCAGUGACGGCCACCAGCGGCCCCCGAGGUCACGGCUGAGGGCGCCACAGCCCAACCCAAGGCUGGAUCUUCUUCAUCCUCCUCGUCCUCGUCGUCCUCUUCGUCUUCAUCCUCCUCAUCCUCGUCCUCCUCCUCGUCAU